UCCUCCUGCACGUUGCUCAGCCGGACCACCAGCUUCUUGAUGCUCUCCUCCAGGUCCUCUUUGUUCACCAUGGUGUCCCAGGGUGUCAGCUCAGCUUGUCCGGAGAACUGAUCAUCCGGUGGCCCACAUGAGGCUCGAGUCAUGCGGCAUCAACUCACGAUUUGCUGCCGCUCUGCAGCGCCAAAGGACGGUUACAGAGACGCAUCAGAGCGGGGGACCAACACGGGGAGAAAAUACCAUGUGGGGUGGUGCAGCCGGACGUCAAAACAAAUACAACAGCCCGGGGUGGGUGAGCCAAUCACUGCUGUUGUGAGGAAUGAGUCGGGUGGUUCCUAGUUCCACGGAGACAUGUUCCCUUUCUGUUUCUGGGGGGACGGACGGACGGACGUGCGUUCACCGUGACGUGUGUUGCUUCCUCCCGACUGUCAUAUGACUUCUCUGGGAUUCAGGACUUCAGUCUGAAACCUCCCGUCCGAGGAGAGGCGAGCAGGGAUCAGCGAACAAAGCGGUCCGUCGUAACACGAGAACGCCUGACUGGAACAAGACUAGCCAGACAAGAAGCAGCGACGUGAUUUCAUUUCCCUGGCAUGUCACAGAAAACCCUCAGCGCUUUCGGAUCAGACGCCAAACCGUCCGCCGAGAACCGGACACCCAGGGUGUAACCGACGCGCCUCUCUUUCGCAUGUCCAGCAGCAAGCACCAUGACCCCCCGCUGCGCCGCCUAACCAGCCCCAUGGGGGACGGGGAGAAGAAAGCGACCGACGAUGGAGAACGUAGCCUCAUCAGCCCCCAACUGGAUGGAGUCCCGGUCACCGCUUAUGGUACCGACCCCCAGGACCCGGACGCAGCCCGACCCCCUACGCCGGGGUUCGUGUACGUAUUGACGUUCUUCUCCGCCCUCGGGGGCUUCAUCUUCGGCUACGACACGGGGGUGGUGUCCGGGGCCAUGCUGCUGUUGAAGAGAGAGAUGCACCUGGACGCCCUUUGGCAGGAGCUGGUGGUGUCGAGCACCGUGGGGGCCGCGGCGCUCUCCGCCCUAAUGGGGGGUUUCCUGAACGGGGUGUUUGGCCGCCGGAUCUGCAUCCUGUUGGCCAGCGGCAUCUUCAGCGUCGGUGGAGUUGUCCUGGGCACCGCGCCGGAUAAGAUUACCCUUCUCCUAGGAAGGGUCAUCGUUGGCUUGGGUAUAGGGCUGGCCUCCAUGACGGUCCCGGUGUACAUCGCGGAGGUGGCCCCCCCCCACCUCAGGGGCCAGCUGGUCACCCUCAACCAGCUCUUCAUCACCGGGGGCCAGUUCAGCGCCAGCAUGGUGGACGGGGCCUUCAGCUACCUGGAGAAGGACGGCUGGAGGUACAUGCUGGGUCUGUCGGUGGUCCCGGCCCUGCUCCAGUUCGGGGGGUUCCUUUUCCUCCCAGAGAGCCCCCGCUGGCUGCUGCAGAAGGGGCGGGGCCAGGAGGGCCGCGUGGUGCUGCAGCGAAUCAGAGGGGGGCGGGGCGUUGACCAGGAGUACGACACCAUCAGGACCAGCGUGGAGGAGGAGGAGAAGCAAGCGGGCGGAGGGGGCCUGGUGAUCUGGCGUAUCCUAUGCCACGCCCCCACACGCCGGGCCCUGGUGGUAGGGUGUGGGAUGCAGAUGUUCCAGCAGCUGUGCGGGGUCAACACUAUCAUGUACUACAGCGCCACCAUCCUGCAGAUGGCGGGGGUGCGAGACAUCAAGCAGGCCAUCUGGUUGUCCGCGGCAACCGCGGCCACCAACUUCCUGUUCACGCUGGUGGGGGUGUGGCUUGUGGAGCGGAUGGGCCGGCGCCGGCUGUCCCUGUGGAGCAUGCUGGGUACGGCCCUCAGUCUGGGAGUGCUGGCCCUGGGUUUCCUGCUCACCGCUGAGAACUCGCCUCCAGUCACCUCCCACCCGCUCAACCUGCCCAACAACACCUGCACCCACUAUGGGACCUGUGAGGCCUGCAUGCUGGACCCGGUCUGUGGGUUCUGCUACCGGGAGAACUCCACCUCCCUGUACGCCUCCACCUGCCUUCCUGCUGACCCCGCCUCCUCGGACCAGGCCGCCUGGGGCAGCUGCUCCAACCAGACAGCAGGGGGCGACGGAUCCUUCUGGGCCUACAACUACUGCCCCACGUCCUACUCCUGGGUGGUCCUGCUGGGCCUCAUCCUGUACCUGGCCUCCUUCGCCCCAGGCAUGGGCCCCAUGCCGUGGACGGUGAACUCUGAGAUCUACCCCCUGUGGGCGCGCAGCACGGGCAACGCCGUCUCGGCCGGGGUCAACUGGAUCUGCAACGUCCUGGUGUCCCUCAGCUUCCUGCACAUGGCCCAGGCCCUCACCUACUACGGAGCCUUCACAGUGUACGCGGUGGUCUCCCUGCUGGGGGUGCUCUUCCUCCUGGGCUGCCUGCCCGAGACGCAGGGCCUGCCCCUGGAGGAGAUGGAGGUCCUGUUCACCGGCCCGCUCUGCUCCGGCGGCGGAGGCGGAGGCGGAGGCAUCCGCUACACCCGGCCCGACCUGUCCGAGCCAGGUGUGGCUCCGUCCGGAGCGGUGGGGUUUGACGGGUCCGUCGCCUACAUCACCCUCCGAUAGGGUGAUGCUCAGCUGCAGAAGACCCCCCCCCCACCCAGGACCUGCUCUGAGGGGGUCUACACCAGGUCUCUUCACUGGCUGAAUAGUGCAGGUGUACUUCUCCUUUCAUCACUUUUCUUCUCCUGACAGAACUGGUUCUGUCCUGUUUGAUGGUACGGCCAAUAUUUGCCAUGUGCAUCUUGAGGGACAAAGAGCGCCUGAGCUUCUGAGUGGGACCAGAAGGUCUGAACCUCCCUAGACCCACACAUGGCCUCCACAGGUCUCAGCAUGUCCUGGGUUCUGGGUUCAGCGCUCGGCCACCAGAAGACCGGAGGGGCCGGAGACUCUCUGCUCCAGAGGGAACCUGAACUUGGUUCUUGAACACGGACAAUGUCUUUGCACUUUAACACUUAUGGUGGCCUUGUAUUUGUAUUUAUACUCCUCGUUUGUUUUAUCACUGUCAUUGUUCGUAUGUUAACUUACAAUUAAUAAUUAUAGAAGUACUUGAAAUAACUUAUAAUGCUUACUAAUUCUGUAUGGUAUCUUGGUGUAGGGGGAUAUUCUCACUGCCUGGUUUUGGUUCCAAUGUUGGAUCAAUGGCACAACUUUUCAUAUGAUUAUGAUAUCAUUAUCCAGAUAUUGUAACUUAUUCUUCCAAAUAAAAAUGAUGAUCCAAAACUACAACUCCCAGCAGCACCUUUAACAAGAUUGAUGGAGCGUGUAGAGUGGAUCCAACAGCCUACCAGUCGGUAUGUUCCACUGGCAGACUGGUGAAUCCACCAGCCUACCAGUUGGUACAGUCCACUGGUGAAUCCACCAGCAUACCAGUUGGUACAGUCCACUGGUAGGCACAUCAGCCUACCAGUUGGUACGGUCCACUGGUAGGCACAUCAGCCGUGGGUACGGUCCAGGACGCUGGUAGGCUGCUAUCCCACUCUGCUCCUGGGUCGAUGUAUCCAGUCGUCCCUCUGGCUUUCUGAUACUUGUCAUCUUUACGACGGUCGGUAAGUGAUCUUCCGCUCCCGGCUCCACUGCCUUCGUCGUAUUUAUUUAUACUCCCUGAUCACAUGAGGCGGUGGUAGGCCGAACUGACUUCCACUGGGGGCUUCAGCAGCGACACCCUGCAGAGCUGUAGGCUGGGGUCCUGGACUCAAUGUACUGGGUUCGUGAGUUUAGUUAGGGUGUGUGUGUGUGUAUGUGUGUGUGCCAUAAGGGUCCAUGAAUGUGUGUUUCUCAUUAAGUAUUAAUUAUUAAGUAUUGGACAUGUGGCACACACACACACACACUCACACAUCAAACCUGUGAACAUAAACUCAUACUGCACAUGGAAUGCAGAAUAAAGGACAAUCCUGGAUCAUUUUCUGUCCUGUGGUUUGUGUACUUACAGGUGGGCAACUGCAGGAAAAAGAGGGAAAAGAUAUGCAUAUUUCUGCCAAUUAGAAUAGAAUAUGUAGCAAUGGAUUGAAAUGAUAAUGGAUUGAAUUUAUAUAGGGCUUUUCUAGACACUCAAAUACGCUUUACAGUGAAGGGGGGAACUCACUAGAAUACGUAGAAUAAUUAUUAAUAAUAUAAUAAAUAAUAAAGCCUAUGCAUACAUCAUAAGUGGAUCAAUGGCAUUUGAUGGGGCAUGGCAUCAUUUAAUCAUUAGAUUAUUGUGUAGGGUAUUAGAUUGGACACUAAUUCCAAACGAAAUGGCUUUAACUUGUCGUCUCUAAAAUAAACAUGAAAGUACAGAUACUCGUGUUUAUUUUGACGAAGACUCAUCGUGUGGCUGCUGGUUGGACCUUCUUUAAUAGGUCCACGGGUUGGACCUGGUUGGGUUAAGGUGGCUGUCAUCCCACUCAGAAAUAUCUUAUCUGUACAAAGUGGGAAUCAUCAAAUCGCCUUAUGAAUACAUUCAUAACAUCACUUUAA